GUGCAUGCACCUUGCAUUUCUUCAUUUUCUCAAGUUUUCUUGAAUCAAUUCCAACCAUUAUCUCUCUCUCAAGUCCUACUUGACCAUGUCUUCCACUCCCACCAACCUCAUUGAUUUCUUGUUGAACCAAGCUAAUGGAGUGAAGGGUUUAGCUGAAUUGAACCUCCCAAGUGUUCCUCACCAAUACAUCCAACCUCCCCAAGCCAGAUUAGACCACACCAAAGUUCCUCCUCAGGAGUCAAUAGACUCAAUACCCAUCAUUGAUUUCACAAACUUGGAUGAUCCACAUGUCCAAGAUUCCAUUUUUGAUGCUGCAACCACAUGGGGUUUCUUCCAAAUUGUAAACCAUGGGAUACCCUCUAAGGUUUUGGAUGAUCUCAAGGCUUCUGUCCACAGAUUCUUUGAAUUGCCAGCUGAGGAAAAGAAGUAUCUCAAGGAGAAUUCACCCCCUGAUGUUGUCAGGUUGGCCACUAGUUUUAGCCCCCAUGCUGAAUCGGUCUUGGAGUGGAAGGAUUUUCUUCAACUUGUGUAUGCCUCAGAGGAAAAAAUUCAGGCUCAUUGGCCUGCUAUAUGCAAGGAUGAAGCACUGGAGUAUAUGAAACAUGCUGUAGUUUUAAUUAGAAAACUGUUGAAGGUGCUUCUUAAGAAACUGAAUGUGAAGGAGUUAGAUAAAGAACACACCUUAAUGGGGCAAGUGAUAAUGGCUUUUAAUUACUACCCAAUUUGUCCUGACCCAGAAGUAGUAGCAGGGGUAGGCCCCCAUUCUGAUAUAUCAUCAAUCACCGUCCUUCUACAGGAUGAUACUGGAGGGCUUUUUGUGAGAGGCAGUGAUGGUGAUACUUGGAUCUUUGUUCCUCCUGUUGAGGGAGCAUUGGUGAUCAAUAUUGGGGAUGUGCUGCAGAUUAUGAGCAAUGAAAGAUACAAAAGCAUAGAGCAUAGAGUGGUUGCAAAUAGAAGCAAGACCAGGAUCUCAAUUCCAAUCUUUGUCAAUCCUGCACCUGAUGCUGUUGUUGGUCCUUUGUCACAAGUGUUGGAGAAUGGUGAAGAACCAAAAUAUAAACAAGUUUUGUACUCUGACUAUUUCAAGUAUUUCUUCAGCAAAGGUCAUGAUGGUAAGAAAACUGUUGAAUUUGCCUUGAUAUGAUUCGUGACCUUGUCUUUGAAGUUUUCUAAACAGGCAUGAACGUUCAAUCGUAAUGCUAUCCUCUGAUAAUAAAUUGCAACAUUUUCAAUCCCUGUAAUCAUAUACAUGAAUAAACUCUUUGUAUCAAACUAACAAAAGAACUGAAAAGAAAUGUUUUUAGCUUCUUUCUUCUUCA